CGCUCCCCCCUCCUUGCGAGUUUCUCUGCAAAGAUGCUUUGUGGUGUGUACUACAGUAACAAGGGCGAGGCCGCUGGGCAGCCCCAAGCGACCCAGUGUGAUUUCGAGGUUGAUUUCAAGGUUCAUACACUUGGGCGAUGCCCAGCCCUACGCCACCCAGCACAGAACAACAGCACAGCAACGUUUCAUACGUUUCAUGGCCUGAUGAGGUGUUGGCCUGUAGCGUGGUGCCCAGCCAGCCCCACGUCACGCCACGUCAGGCCGCCUUGCCUGGCAGCCUCGUCGCCAACUGCUGCUGAGUGCCUGGACCGGCCUGCGCCACCGGCGCCGGUCAACCGGUCAUCUCUGGGGGCAAAGGUUUGUCACCCUUCGAUGAUGCAUGCUGGGCGAUGUGCUGGCAAAUCCCUAGCGAAGCGGUCCACUCCAGUGACAUUUCGUCACCAGCAACCACGCUUGGUGAUGUGCUUGGCAACCAACCCCAAGCCAGCCAGUAAGCAACCGUUUAGGUUCGUCAUCCUUCAGCAAUGCUCAGCCAGGCCAAAGCUGCCCAGCCCACCAACAGCAACAUCAUUUUAUUCAAGGUUUUUGGCCGUUGCGGGUCAGUGAUGUGGGAUGCUUGGUUGAGUCAAAUUUCACAUUCACGGUUUACGCUUACUGGGAUGGGAUGGAUGGAGGGUUUUCAUCUUUCCUGCCUCCCUCGCAAAAGACGAGUUGUUGAUACUGUCAAUAUGACCAAUGCCAACUGCUUUCUUUCUGCCCUCAGUUAUAAUCUGCACUUCUGCAGAUUAUGUACUUGGUUCUCAUUCACAGUGGAUGAAGCAAAAAUGGCAUGAUAGAUUCAUGACCUGGAUACACCAUGUCACUGCCUUGUUUCCUUUAUAUUUUAUUGUCAUCUUUUAGCCAUGUUAUUCUACUUGAGUUUACGCAUAGGGUGAAGCAGCUCAUAUCAACUCAACUCAAUGCAAAGCUAGCAGUGUUGUCAUUAGCAAGCAAGCAUAUUUUUCAUAUUUUCAUUUUUUCAUGGCAUAGUCCUUGAAGUAGUAUACUCUGUCUUUGUCUACUAGUAUCAACUCAAUAGUAGUCCUUGAAGUAGAAUACUCUGUCUCUGUCUUUGUCUACUAGUAUCAACUCAAUAGUAUAAUGAAGGCCUUAGGACUUGAUAUCAGACCUGACAGGCUACAAAAACAUGUUACACCAGAAUUCUCAUUGCUGGUUUCCCAUAUCAAAAUGUUAGCAAACAAGCUGUACUUUUAGUGUUAGAUUAUCUGAUCUGCACAGGAGGCAGUGCAACACCGAUUCUGGUGUUAAUAUCAAGAAAUGGCCGUGGCAGUAUUCUUUAUCCGGUCCAAGCAUUCUAGUGCUUUGUAAUGGCUUUUUCUUGCCGAGAUAGAUUCAGACAAUGGUUGAAAGAACAUUAAAUGCCAUGUUCUCCCUUGCUUCGAUUACAACUUGUCUAUUGUUUAGUUAGUAACAGUAAAUGUUCAAGCAUCCUGUCCCAAAUUAUACUUGAUUUUACUUCAGCUAUUAUCAGUGCUAGUUUGAUGAACUGUAUGGUGAAGCACUUUUUUUGGCUACGUGCUGCACUGCUAGCCUUUGGGUCCUCCAGCAAGUUUUGAAGCUUCAAAGCUGAAACUUAUAUUCAUGGGAGAGGGGAUAAAAAAACUAUUCUGGA